UCAUCCUAUAUGUUUAAUAUCCAACAUGGGCGUUUCUUUUGUCGUCUGCAAAGUGUCAAAUACUUUGCGCGCAAGAAAAAUGUUCAGAAGCAAUAAUACUUUUUAGCUCUUCAACAUUGAAAAUUGUUCAUGAUUUUUAUUAUUGCCAAAUGUUUUGGAGUGAACAUAAGAUAUAUAUUUAUUUGAGAAAAUUGCAAUUUUAUUCGGUGAUGGCUAUGAGUCAGUACCAAAAGGCAUCUUUUCAAGGUAUUGCGACUUUGCUCGAAUAAUUAAGUUAACAUCAAAGAAGAUAAGGUACAUGGCUCUUGUGAAAUUGAAAAUUACAAUUUCAUUCGUUAAAAUAAUAUGAAUCCUAUUUAAAUUGAUAUUAAAGUUCUAUUAACAUCACUAUAAAAUGAAAAGGUUAUGCUUUAUCGCGAAACGAAAAUUACAAUACUAAAGCGUUUUAAAUAAUAUAAUUGUUUAUUGUGUGAAUUAUAUAAAGUUAUAAACCCCGAGUGAGCAUAUGCUGUUGGCUUAAAAUGUAUAUAAUAUAAAAAAAGUGGAUUGUCUUAUUUAAUAUCAGAAUCAGCUGAUUACUACAUUGACAAAAGAUCUCCAAUACAUUCGAUGUUUUACGAAUGAAGAAUUUAUAUAUUUGGUAUUGAAAAUAAUUAUAUAUAUGAAGAAUAUAAAUAUAUAUCAUAUUUUUCAAUAUAUAGUUUCUUUGUUAUUUUAAAAUAAUAAAAAAAAAAAAAAAUAAAAGAUGUCAGGAAACAAUUCAGCUAUAGUAGGUACACUUAGAGGUGGUAAUCUACAAAAUCGUAAUUCCCAAAGAUCCACACUUUUAAAAGUGGUAAUUUUGGGUGAUGGUGGUGUUGGAAAAUCCUGUCUUAUGAAUAGAUUUGUAUCAAAUCACUUUGAUGAACAUAGUUUUCAUACAAUUGGAGUAGAAUUUCUAAACAAGGAUAUUGAAAUUAAUGGAGAAGCAUAUACAUUGCAAAUAUGGGAUACAGCUGGACAAGAAAGAUUUAAGACUCUUAGAACUCCAUUUUAUAGAGGCUCUGAUAUUUGCCUUUUAACUUAUGCUGUGGAUGAUAGAACAAGCUUUAAAAAUUUAGCACUUUGGAGAUCUGAAUUUCUUUAUUAUGCUGAUGUUCAAGAAGGAUCAACAUUUCCAUUUAUAGUUGUUGGAAAUAAAGUGGAUGUUCCAGAUUCUGAGAAACAAGUUUCCACAGAAGAAGCUCAAGCUUGGUGUGCAGAAAAUGGAGAUCCUCCUCUAGUAGAAACAUCUGCAAAAGAUGCAACCAAUGUUGAAGCAGCAUUUGGUGCAGCUGUUGCUGCUUGGGCACAACUUGAAGCUAGAUUAGAAAGACCAUUAGUAGAAGAUACUGUUGAUCUUUCCAAACAACAAUCUCCUCAUCGUUCAAGUUGUUGUAUGCCUGUGUCUGGUGCUGAGUCUAACAAAAUUAUUUGAAGAGAUUUCUUGCCCAUCUGCAAUACUUUCCUCGUAAUAAGGUGAAUUUUAACGAUAAAAGUAUUUUUUUAUUUGUUGCUCAUUAUGUGUUUCUUCUGUUGCCAAUGAACAUAUUUAUAUUUUUAUAAAUUAAAUUCAUACGAUUUUAUUUGUUUUUACAAAUAUUUUUCAGUUUCGUUAAAAUAUGCAAAUUAAAACUAUAUUUACGCGGAAAAAAGUAAUAUUUUAUGGUUAAUAUUUCCAGAAUACAACUGUAAACUGUAAGGUCAAAUUGAACGUCCUACUCGUAUCACGCUUUGUGCAGUUCGCGAGCUACAAACAGUAUUUUAAGUAUUUCGUACACCAUUGGCUUGUGAUAAAAUAAUAAUAGUAAUAAUCACGAUCAUCAACUGCUUUAUAAAUAAGGAAUAGAUAUAAAAUGUAAUUUAGCUUUGUAAUCUAAAUUUGCCUUAUCUUUGCAGCACAAACUAAGAGCAGUGGUAGUAAUAUAUAUUUAUGACAAAAUCUUCUGAAUCAUCUUUAUAUAUAUGAUUUUGAAAUAUCUAUAUUAUAAAACAUACUCUGCUGCUCUUGGAAUGCUCUGCAGUCGAUGUUUAAAGAUUUUCCUACAAAAUGAAUAGUAUUAUAGACACAUCAAAUAAAGCUUUUUGUACAACCUUGUACGUAUAAAAGGUAUGAACGCAUUUCUAAAGCACUGUAACUUAUUUAAAAGCUACCUAAUACUUUAGUGAUGCUUUACAUACACAAAAUAAAUAAUAUAUAACAUCAUAA